UUUUUUUGAUUUUUCUGAUUAUUGUUCUGACAUUUUUUCUGAUUUUGUUUCUGGUUUAUUCUGACUGAAUUGUAUUCUGUUCUGAUAUAUUUUUGAUUUUUCUGACUAAUUCUGAUUUCAGCUCUGAUUAUUUUGAAUUCUGAUUUCCGGGCUUUCUGAUUUAUUCUGAUUUCGGUUCCUAAUUUUUUUUUAUUUUUCUGAUUUAUUCUGAUCCCGUAAACCUGUUCUCCCUUCUUCCCUUUUUCUGAUUUGAACGUUGAUCGACUUCCUUUCUCUCCAACUCUCUCUCUAUCCCCCCCCCCUUCUCUGAUUCAUCUCCCUCCAAUGACAAUGUGUCGUUCUUCACCGGCUGUUUCUAGCUAAUAUAUAUUUUUUGAUACAUUUAUAGCUUCCGCUCUCUUUUAAAAAGUUUUUUUGAUCAUUUUCUGCCACUCAUGGGACACAACAAUACAUAGAAGGGAGGAAAAGUAACAGCCGCCCCUUCUCUCUUUUUUUAUCUUUUUUAACAUUUAAAAAAGCUGUGAGAGACAGAUAGCUUUUUCAAUACUUUUCUCUGUCAAUUUCCGCUUUUCCUUUUUUUUAUAUUUCAACACACCUUAUAUAGAGGUUUCUAACAUUUGGCCCUCACUUCGAGUUUAUAUGUAGUGAUUUUAAGGUUAUUAAUAACCUUCACCCUGUGUCCCUUUCACUCUAUAUGUUUGGAAGUAUGUUCCAGGGGUGUUCUGAGGCUGUCUUUAAAAAAAGAAAGACGAAAAUGCGAAAGCAAAAGACCAAAAAAGCGAAAUUCGGCAAAAGACGAAAGACGAAACUGGCACAUCCCUGUUAUGUCCCAUUUACUCUAUAUCUAAUGUAAGUAUGUUCCUUUCACCCCACUUCUAUCUGGUAGCUUACUUGAUUCCGCGAAAUUCGGCAAAAGACGAAAGGCGAAACUGGAACAUCCCUAUUAUGUUCCCUUCCCUCUAGAGCUAAUUUAAGUAUGUUCCUUUCACCCUACUAUCUUGAAGCUUACCUGAUUCCAGCCGUUGUAACUUAUGAACGCGUGAGGCUUUGGAGCCGAUUUUGGUGUCGAUCGAUAGAGAAUUAAAUUCUCUAUUUAAUAAUGUUUAACUUGAAAAAAUUUUAUUUUGAAGCAAAAAAGUUAUGGCCAAAAAACUGAUGCUAUGUUCCUUUCGCAUUACAUACUAUGUUCCCUUCACAUUACCUAUGUUUUUUUCGCCCAAUAAUUCGAAUACGUCUCGAUCCCUUAUUUUGUAUCAAUCCUAUAUUCCUACCAACCUUAUGUUCUCCCUAAAAUCUCCAUUAAUCUCUAGAAACUUUGCCAAUUGAUUCACUUCUUCUAUGACUUAAAUUAAAAUUGAAAAUUAUUGUUUGGGUGGUUAAGCACAACCACCACCACCUACUCUGUCAAACAUUAAAAAAGCCUUUCUUCUCUCUCUCCCAAACCAAUUGACUGACAUACUGCUUAUCAUUUUGCGGGUGGAAAGAAGGGUUUAAAAAGUAUUUAGUAUAAUAAAUUGUUCGUUU